CGUCAGCUGCAGGAUGAGGAAAGGCCAUUAUACGUGCAGCUCAACUGGACCAAAGAUCUGAAGGAGGGACGAUUUCUUCUCAGACAGGUCAAUGACCCGACAAAGCUUGAAUUCUACGCUAAAGACGAAAAAAUUCAGAGCUUUGAUAAGAACACACCCAAACGUCUAUCAAAGAGAGAGAAGAAGGAACUCAAGAAAGAGAGGAAAGCAGCCCAACUCAGGGGUGAGGUGAAAGCUUACGACAAGGUCAGUUCUUCAAACUUCACCAGGACUAUCUCAAACCCAGAGAAUGUGCUCAAGAGAAAACGUCAACAGAAGCAGGAUCAGCUGGAGAAAUUCAAACACAGACCUGAAUCAGGUGGAGCCUUCAAGGUUUAUGCCCAUACCACAUUUCCAGAAGUACCGUACAAGACUCUGCUUAUUUCCAUAAACACCAAUGCUUCAGAGAUCGUCAGGGAGAGUCUGGAUAAGUUUGGAGCAAUGAAAGCCAACCCAGCAGACUACUGCCUAGCAAAGGUUGUAGUACCACCGGGUUGUAGCAUCGAUGAUUACGGGAAAGAGAACUUCCAAGAAGCUAUCUUGGAUGAAGAUGAAUACCCCAUGGAUGCUGUCGUGAGAUGGCCCGAGAGCAGAGGUGAACUUAACUUUGAAUUAAAGAGGAAGCCAUCAGAUCACGUUCCUCGUCUCAAGAGACCUGGCAUGAACAGAAUGGAAGACAGUUUUCAGAAUCCCAACAGCAUCCCUCUUGAGAGAUUGCCGUACUUCCUAGAACUCAAUAAUGAUGGUACAGAUAUCAUUGACUAUAAACCCAAACACUACAGACUCCAGAGUGAUGUCACAGAAGUUGGCAGUCAGCGUGACCCUCCUGGCUCUGGACCAUAUUUACAGUUUGUAGCACCAGACAUCCUUCCACGACACUGCGUGGUAGCCAAGAUGGAAGGGGUGGUCACUUUGACGCCCUCGUGUGCCGAGGCAGCGAUCUAUGUGGUCAGUGAACGGAUCUUCGAGACCACCAUCCUCCAGCAUGGGGCCGUGGUGCAGUUUGGACUGCAGUACACUUUCAGAUUCUGUGACCCGCAAGUAGAAGACCCGGACUGGGAGGAUAGGAACAAAUCCCAUGUUGAGACGACGUUUGAUGCUGACGGUAGCAUCGAGACUUACGGAGGCAAGCAGGAAAAGGUAUCUGAUCCAAACACUGAAGUACUGCCGCUUAGCUUAGAGUUUAGAGACACAGGUGAGGACACCUUCUUUGAUGUGGUAGUCCGACAGGUGAACGGAGCCCAGAUCUACUUCAAGCUUGCCCCGACAUACGCCCUUUACCUGGCGUGCCGCUAUCGUCUCUCCAAGCUCUACCGCCCUGAGAUGGGUCCGACAGAGAGGGCUCAGAGGCUUUCCGCCUUCCUCAACAAAAUGGCCGACAUCAUCGACAGGACAGUUGAAGAGGAAUCUCAAGUAGCUGGUGCCUUGACCUUCUGGUUAGCCAAUGUCUCUGAACUCCUUCACUUCUUCAUGGCUGAUCGGGACAUCGGUGGUAUCUCACAGGAUGCCCAGGACAUCCUUCAUACGUGUGUCCAGAACACCUUCAGGCAUCUUGUGAGAGCCAUGCAGCUAGAACUCAACAAGAACCUCUCGGCAUUCCUUGACCCAAGCGAUGAAGCUGAUGUUGAGAAAGAUCUCAUCGCUGACGAGGAUGCAAAGAGCGUUGAGAACGGUCGUUGGAUGAGACCCCCUUCACGAAGCCCUAUGAGUGGCCGCCCAACAAUAGGUGAUGUCCUCCAGAUCCUGUCCUCAGCCAUGACCCUCCUGCGGGUUUGCCGGGUCAACGCCGCUCUCACCAUCCAGCUCUUCUCGCAGCUCUUCCACUUCAUCAGCGCCAGUCUCUUCAACCGUCUGGUCUCCUCCCCCCGUCACGCCGGUCUCUGCACCCAGGACUGGGGUGAGAGGCUGAUGAGACGUCUCUCCAGGGUGGUUGCCUGGGCCGAGAAGCAGGGGUUGGAGGUCGCAGCCGAUACCCAUCUUCAGAAGCUCAAACAGGCCCUGGACCUGUUGAUCGCACCGAAGGAGAAUUCUAACCAGCUCAACUCUGCCAUUAACAACAGCUGGAUGCUGAACUCUCGUCAGAUGAAAGCCAUCCUCGAUAACUAUGUCCCUCCCAAGGGUGCCAUCCAGAUCCCACCAGAAGCCAUUGCUAAGGCCACUGCCAUGGCAGCAUCCCAGGAUGAGCUCCAAGCCCAGCGUGAGGGUCAUCCUAUCCUGAUAGAGGAGGAGAGAGAACUAAGGGUACCAGCCUUCCUACCUGACGAUGGCUACUCUAGUGAUAUCAUCAAGGGCGUUCCUAACGGUCUUAGAGAGUUCUUCAAUCCACUCAUACAAGCUGCUCUUGUGCGUUUGACCCCUCACCCAAAGGCCAACGGUACAUGGACUGUGUAUAUGUAUGGCAAUCAACCAUCCAUCCUAGAUUCUCCAGGUCCACCAUCGCCUCAAUCACCAACCUCCCCACAACCAGGCUCUGCCCCACACCUUGAGCCUCAAGUUAAACCUGAUGCUAAGCCAGCUGGUAAGGAGCCUGAGGUCAUUACCAUAGAACUUAACAAACAUGGAAAGCCAGGCAUGGGACUGAGCAUCAUUGCAGCUACUGGAGCUGGUCAAGAAAAGAUUGGUAUCUACGUCAAAGCAGUUGUGCCAGGAUCGGCUGCAGAUAAUGAUGGUAGAGUGAAGGCUGGUGAUCAAAUUCUUGCUGUGGAUGGGAACAGUUUACUUGGCUUGGAUCAAGAUGCAGCUGCCCAGUUUCUGGUCAAGUCUGGUCAGAUCGUUGAGAUGACCAUAGCCAAGCAAGGUGCCAUUUUCCAUGGCUUGGCUCAGAUUCUUAGCCAGGCAACGCCCCCUCAGCAAAGAGCUUACAAAGGAGAACCCCGUCAGCCCCGCCCUGUCAGUGAAGACCUAUCAGGGCGCUCCGGUACCCUUCCCCCUGGUAUGGGUGCCCCUAGGGAGUCCGUUGAGCCUAGGGACAUCGCUACCAUGCCUAGGGGGAUAAUUGGUGUGCCCCUUGUGGGCCUCAGAGAGGCCGAUAAGGCCAAGUCGUCCCCCAAUCUCGCUGAGGAUCGGCCACCAGAACGAGGUAACUACAUGCCAAUGACAAGCAAUAACAGUAGAGAUGACUACUCCCGCCAUGGCUCUGUGGGCAUGAGGCCUGAACCAAGGAGCCGUAUGGAGGCAACCCCUACUCCACCAAUAUCCCAAAGGUCCAAGUCUGUGUCACACCUUGACCCAGAACCGAUGGAACAUGAGUCGCAGAGACCAGUGAAGUCCACAGUGGACCUUUCUCAAAAGAGAGAUGAGCAGCCAUACAGAGGUCAUGCUCCAAGAGAAGAACCGCCCUUCAGGAGGGAGGAGGAUGCACACAUGCGUCCUGGAAUGCCUGACAAACCACUUGAGAGUUUUGAAGAGGAGCCCUACAGGAGGCAGCCAGGAUCCAGACCAGGUGAUCCGAGAAGGGAGUCUCCAGACCCUCGAGGUCCUAUUCCCCAACAAAGACCUGGUCAGAUGAGACCUAACCCUCAGCCACGCCAAGUUCAACAGCAGAUGCAGCAUCUGCAGCAGCGGCAUAGAGGACCAUCCCCCCAGCAUCCAGGACAGUAUCCUCCAGGUCAAAUGGGUCCCAGAGGUCCUCAACAAAGAAUGCCAAUGCCGCAGUCAAGGUUUCCACCUGGUCAGCAACCGGGCAUGGGACCAAGAGGACCACCACCUCAACAGCGCAUGCCGGAUGGAGCCAUGCAACAGCAACAGCCACCCAACAGAUAUGGUCCUCCACCUGGGGCAUUCAGGAUUGGGCCUCAAGGAGAAAUACAGAGGCCAGCACCCACACAAGACUCUAGAGAUAAUUAUGGCAUGCCACCACGUCAAAGGAAUUAUAGUCAAGGGGAUAUGAUUGAUGACCCUCCAGAGCCAAGGGCGAGGGUUUACAGUGAAGGGAACACAUUAAGGGGGCCUGAUCAUCCAAACGGACCCCAACCAGCACCCAGAACGAUUAGGGAGGAUCAAUCUAGGCAAUAUGCUCCUAGUGGUCAACAAAGUGAUGACUUGCCUCCGCCUCCGCCACUAGAUCAUUCAGCUUCCCAAUUGCAAGAUAACAAUGACCUCCCUCCACCACCACCUCAAAAUAUGGACGAGGAGGAGGAAUACCGUAGAUGGCAGGAAGAGAGAGCCAACAGAAUUGGAGGAGACCCAUCGAGACAGUCGCCAAACUCUGGUUUCGCUUCUCUUCCUCGUCAGGGGCGUAUCAACAGAUCGUCAUCCCUUACUCGUGAUACACUUCCAGUGGGAAGUGAAAGCCAGCCAACUCCACCUCAGCAGAAGCCUCCCCUGGGCCCAAAACCUGUUCCUCCUCCCAUGCCUCCUGAGAGGACCAAUGCUUCAGCUGAGGCAGCUCGAGGAUCCUUGGAAAGGAGACCUCCUAAUUCCGCUCCAGGCAUGAAUCCUAAAGGUUCUGCAUCUCUCUCAUCAAAAAGCUCUCCCUGGGAUAGAGAGGAGAAAGAACGUCAAGAGAAGCGACUUGAAGAACAAGUUAGACUGAUGAGAGAUGAUGAAAUUGAGUAUUUGUCUUCUUUGCCUUCACUUACUCCUGCUCAACAAGAAAGAUUGAAUAAGAUGAAACUUGACCAGCAGUUCCAGCAGCGCCUUGAAGAAUCCAUGAUGGACAAUGACGAUGAUGAUGAGGAAGAUGAUUUAACUAAGAAACCAGAGUUCCAGAAUCAAAUGGCAAUGGCAAACCGAAGUGCUGAGAUCGCUGCACAAAAAGCAAGAGAGCAACAGCUUGAAAGAGAAAGACAAGAAGAAAGGGAUAAUGAUAUGAGGAGAAAGCAGGAAAUGAGAGUUCAGGAACUGCAAAUGCAACGGCAGCAAGAACGUCAGAGAGAAAUUGAAAUGCAGAGACAACAGGAGCUUCAAAGGCAACAAGAAUUCCAGAGAAAACAAGAGAUGCAGCGCCAGCAAGAAGUCCAACGGCAGCAAGAGCUUAGGCAGCAAGAAAUGCAAAGACAGAAGGAAGCUCAAAUGCAGCAAGAAAUGCAAAGACAGAAGGAAGCUCAAAGGCAGCAAGAAUUACAAAGACAGCAAGAAAUGCAGAGACAGCAGGAACUGCAGAGGCAAGAGGAAAUGCGGAGACAAGAGGAAAUGCGGAGGCAAGAGGAAAUGCGGAGACAAGAGGAAAAAAGAAGGCAAGAAGAGUUGCGGAGACAAGAGGAAAUGCGAAGAAAUGAAGAAAUGCAGAGACAACAAGAAGAGCUAAGGCAGCAACAGUUGCAGCGGCAAGAGGAAGAGAGGCAAAGACAGUUAGAGGCUGACAGAAGGGCGCAACAACAACAAGUAGAAACAAGUGCUCAGCUGGAGUUGAAAAAACUACAGGAAGAACGGGCAAAAUGGAUUAAAGAACAGGAAGAACUAAGACGUCAAGCAGAGGAGGAACGUAGGAAAUAUGAGGAGAUGAAGAGAUUGCGAGAGCAAGAGGAAGAAAUGCAGCGAAGGCACCAGCAACAGCGCAUGGAGUUUGAGAAACGGGCAGCUGAACUGGAACAGGAGAGAAGACGAUUGGAGGAGAUGUCGUUUGAUGACCCACCCCGCCAGAUGAAUGAUAUGAACGCUUCCAUGUCACGUCCGGGUCAGACUGGCAUGGUCCAUGCUACUGUUAGUGCAGGUUAUGUCCCAGGACCAAAUAAACCUUAUGUCCAGGCAGCACCACCAGAAAGGCCGCCAACAGAUGGAUACAGUACCACGGAUGCAAAUUUCCUCAACAAACCGAAACCAUUCAAGAAGGCUCCCCCUCCUAUAGCUCCCAAACGAGUCACAUUCCGACCUGGACAGCGACCAAGUACAUCCGUGGAUCCACUCAAUAAUCUUGGAUCAGCAGGUGACCGAGGGUCCAUCAGUUCCCAACAGAGUGUAAGUUCUAAUAACUCGGGUGGUACACCAGCGCCACCGCCCCAGCAGUCAAGCUUUGGCAACGGCUACUCCAACAACUUCCACACAGCUCCCAUGAACAACUACAUGCACAAUCACAAUCCAACCCCUCCUCCACCACCACCAGCCUCUGUAAACAAUACCCUGGGAUACAGCACACCACCACAGAAUGGUCCACCACCUGUCUAUCGCACUGGGGACACCCCUGGGGUGAUAGGUGCUCAAGAAGUCUACAAUGACCCAAGAGAUAAGAGACUAGCCAAGCAACAGUUGCAGCCCAAGAAUGCCUCACCGGACAUGAAAAACAUGUCCUUUAGGGAUAAGAUGAAACUCUUCUCGGAAUCAACGCCAAAUGAAAAGCCGAAAACCUCGAAGUGGGAAAGGGAGUUCCUUGCAAUGAACCCUAAUCUUCACACCCCAUAGUAACACAGGACUGGAAUAUAAUUCAGUAAUUGAAUAUGAACUCAUUCUUGUGGUAAAGCUGAACUUUGUACUUGUUCAACAUGGACAUUACAUCUAUGCAAAGCAGACAUUGUCAAAACUUUAGCAUGUAUGUUGUUUUGCUUGAAAGAUCUGCUAAAUAUGAAAUGAUGGGAGUGCUGAGAAUCAGCCCAAUGUUAAGGUUUUAAUCAAAUUUUUAAUUCAUAUUUUUAGUGCUUAAACCUUUAAUGAUAGUUGUAUUAAACUGACGACAUUGAGAUUGUUUUAUAAAAUGUUUAAAUUAAGAAGAUACUCUAACACCAUUUCGAACGAUACAAAACUUUGUAUUGAAUAUGCCCCUCUCUGAAAACAAAAAACAAAUAAUUUGGAUUGUAAGCACACUGCUUUUUUCUUAGGAUAACUGUUCUAUUAUGUACGAGGGAGGCAAACUUUCUCAGUGUGUAGAAGACAUUUCUUUCUUAUGUUGUAGCAUUUGUACUAUCGUGAUUACGUUGCGGAAUUUAUUGUGGCUUUGUUUUGUUUUGUAUUGUUUUUUGCCUUUUUGCAGACUGCCUUACACUGUUGUAGAUUUGAUUUCUUAAUUUACUGGUUAAUGACUUCAGUUCUGCCCUACCUUAAUAAAAGAAGCAAGACAUAUUGACAUAUACAUGUAUGGACCAAAAUCAAAGUUUUGGUACUUUAUUUUAUGCAAAAUUCAUCACUUCUGCAGAAAGAAAUUCAUGAAGAUUCUGCUAUGAGACCAGGUAUGAUUACCAUCAAGUUAAUGCAUUGAUUGAUUUAUUUACCAACAAAAGAUACAAAACAUUGCAUUUAGACAAUGGAUUGGUCUCUGUGUUAAUGAUGGACACAUUGCUCAACUUAUUUUAAUCCUCUAUCAAGCAAGGCUAGGAUUAUUCUGUACUGAUUUAUUUUCGUCUGAUGAAAGACCUUCAUAUUAACUGUUACAUAUUCAAACCUUGUUACAGUAUUCUGAGCUCAGCUUGAGUAGAAUUAAAAUGGGGCAAAUAUUAAUGUAGGUCAGUGGUCCUACUGCAAGCCCUCUUUCUCAUUCAAUGCAUCAGGAAAAAACUAAAACUAAAACCUAUUAUCAGAGGUGGAUCACAAUGAAAUAUAGUUUUAUUCAAAUUUUGAUACUACAAGAUCACACAUAGCACAAUGUUAUUGUAAGGUUUUGUGCUUCACAAUAAUAUUUUAAACAAUUUGGGAAAUGUUGGUUUCAAAGAUCUUGCAAUCAUCAUCUUGUCUAGACAACCAACCUGCCCGGACAUACAUGUGCAACAAGUGUGUAUACUACUGUAAUGACAAUUGAUGGGCCAGCAAAAUUCCAUACAUACAUUUACAAUCUGCAUGUCACAAGAUGGUAUAAUUUUUCCAUACAAGUCUGUACAAAUUUUGUGUGUGUUAAACAAACAAUGUCGUAAAACAAGCCCUGGUGUCCUGUAAUUGAUGUACAAUGCAGGAAAAUGGGAAUGAUUUUUUUGUUUUACAUGUUCUACGUGUUUCUAUUAUAUAUUUUCCUCUUUCAAUUUUUCUUUUCAUUUUAGCCUUUCAUUUUUCAUUUCUCUUUCUUGCUCCUCUACACUUUUCUUUCUUCUUGUAUCUUCAGAUUUUUCUCUAUCCUCUUUCUCCUUAUAUUGCUUUCUUUUACAUUUUUUUUGUGUGUCUCAAGUGAAAAGUCAUGUCUUCCUAAGUCAACAUGUGACUAUUGUUUAAUAGAAAAUACUGCUUGCACACCAUUUAGAGAAGUUAUGACACUUGCUAUAUGAAACUUUUUAAGUUGGUCUUGAGAAUGACUGCCACCACACUAUUACGUGAGCGUUUGCUGGUAUUCACCAUUUAGAUGUGAUAGCGACAUUCAACUAGAAAAAACAAAAACCUGUAAAAACAAUAUUUUCACCAAAAUCAUUUAGUCAUCAUCUGUUAUCAGUCUACUGGUGAUAUAUAUUUUGGGGUGCUGUAUAAUAUAUUUUUUUCCUUUUUCGUUGCUGAUAGUACUUACCCCUAUAGUAAUACAGUUUUAUUUACUUAAUAGUAAUCUAAACCUACCACUAUUAAGUUCUGUACAGACUUCAUGUGUGUAAGCUAUUCAACAACAGGGGGUAAUCAACAUUCUCAAAGUACAUUUUUCCAGGUGGUAAUAGUGUGAUGAUGUGCAUGUACUUCUUCAUUCAAAUGGGCAUUUUAUCUUCAAAUAUUUUGUGUGUUCACAGAGAUGGUGGAAAAAGUUGGCUGAUAUGUUUCAAAGUUUUAUCAGGAUGAUGGUGCUGGUGAUUUUUGCUCUGAGUGCAUAAAUUUGCGUCGCAGAUGAUUUUACUAUGUUAAUGAUUAUAGGUUCAGAAAGUGUACGGAUCACCCCCACCCCAUUCAUUAGUAGCAGCUAUUUGUGGAAUGGGAUGAUAUCUCCUGAUAUGAAUACAUUUUAAAGUAGACAAAUUAGCGUCAUUCUUUUCUCGAGGGUUUUUUUUUUCUAAAGCAUAUACUUUGUAAUUUGUUUUUAUCAUAAGAUAUGUUGCAUGAAAUCAUAGAAGAGAAACUGCUUGAUAAAUAUCUCACAUAUUUGUAUAUUUUCAGUUUUACUUGUAAUCCCCCCCUCACUGUUAGUCGAAGAUAACCAAUGGCUACAUGCCUAAUUGGAAUUUAUAUCUACUAAAUAUGCUAUUUUGAAUCGGAAUGAGUAUACUCUAAAACACAGGAAACAGAGAUAUAGUGCAUAACUUGAAGUAUGUGUUUACAAACAGUAAAUAUGUGCAUAAUUUUAACCUGUUGUGUUCGACAUAAUUUGUACAUAUAUGAGGCAGAUGUUUAUUUAAUAUGUUUGCGAGCAUUGUUUUUUUUUGGGGGGGUUGUGUAUAUGCUUUUUGUGUUUCUAACUUGUGAAAUUUAGGCUUCCAAACAAGGAAUUCUACCUUGAAAUAAAAUACAUGUAAUAAUGAAUUCCAUUGUAAAUUUCAAUGAUUUUAGGUUUAACUCUUAUUUUUAAUUUAUCUGGAAAGUUAGUUGAUAUUAAUUUGUAAAAAUUCAUGCAAUUAAUUCUGGAAGUUCACUGAGUUUGCAUGUAAAUACAUGUUUCAUUUUUGUAAUAUAUGACAAAAUAUAGUUCUAUUUUCAUUCAACUUUUAUUGGUCUGUUAAAGCAGUUUCGAGUUAAGAUAUGUACAUUUGUAUCGUUCUUUAAAUUCUGCAUUUUCUUAGGCAUGUUUUUUAAUGAUUUAUUUGCCAAGUGUUCUACAGCGCAUGUGCUAAUGCAUUUGUUUUGUUUGUACAUAUUCAAAUGUUAGCAACUGCAUAUUAUUGUGAUUUCUUCUUUAUUUUGUUAGUUUUUUCUGGUAAAAAAGUGAUAUUUGAUCAGCGACUGCCUUCAUAUGUUGUCCUCUACUUUUGCCAUCUCCACAAAUUGAUGAAUAUAUAUAUUUAGAAAUUUAUUUAUCUAAUAUUUGUUUCCUUUCUCCUCUCUACUUGCACCAUUAUCAUACCUGCAAAUUUAUUGUACAAGAAUGUAUAUAAUAUCCUUUUCAAUUUACUCAUUUACAUGUAUUUUAUUUUUAUUUUAUUGGCAUUCAUGUAGAUCUUGGCUGGCACAUUGAAAACACUUACAUUGGGAUAUUUCAGGAAGAAUGAGACAGGAUGAAAUUGCACAAAUAUCUCUGAUUUAAUAUGUCAUAUUUGCGUAUUAGUAUCACAUGAUGGAGCUGUUACAGUGUUAACUUCUGCAGGCAGCCAUGCCACUUGUUGCGCAAUUCUGCAAAUUGUCCCUUUUUCUUUCAAAAAAUUAAAUCUAGAAUUAGUAUUUUUGUUGAAAAAAAAAAAAUUUGAAGCCUUGUAUUUGGUCAAGAGGCUCAUAUCAAUGUGAGACAGCUCAACUAGUGGGAGCAAUGGCUUGCCAUAGUCUGUUGCAACAUCAGCCUCAUUGGUGUUAAUUGAACACCUAGGGGUGUUUCAUAAAGCUGAUGGAAGAGCUACAUGUAUGCAUGUGAUCUAAAAGUUUUAGUUAACAUAAUAACAAUCAUAUCUUAACAACCUUAACAGCUUCAUACUUCAAUUUUGUUUAAAAAAAUAUUGAACCAUUUUGGCUAUCCAUCAUCCAUUCAUUCAUGAAGUCAUGAUGGACUUUACAAACUGCUUUUUUCUUUACUAGUGUUUAAAUGAUGUGUCCACUCAGAAUAAAGACAGCGUUGUUAAUACCUCUAUCAUAUUAUAUACAACCAAUAACACCUUUUUAGUUUCAAGCAGACAAUUAUGCUUUGCUCAAUUACAAUUUAUAAUUAUUGCACUUUUAAAAUAUAUGUAUCUUAAAUUGUUAUUCCACAUUCAUGAAAUAUUUUUCUGAUUUGUAUCAUAAUCAUGUAUAACAUCUCUUAACGUGAACAACUUUUUAUUUACACUGUAUUCGACUUCAUGUAUUCCUCUGGUACUGAACGUUCAUGAAAUAGAUAAAAAUGAUCCUGUAUUCAAUUGAUACAAUAUUCACCUACUUACAAAUUCAAAUUUGAUUGUAUUCUGCAAUGCCUUUUUUAUAUAAAAUUAUAAUUUGUAUUAUUAUUUGCACCAUUUUACUAAAACACCACUGGUCACUAAUUUUAGAGUAUAUCAAUUUUAACAUUUCAAAUAAAAGGCUUUGAAUGCCAAUGUGAGAUGAAAUUCAUAGAAAAGGGGCAAAUAUCCCUCAAAUUCCCAAGAUUGUAAGGUAAGUCAUUCAUAUUAAUAUUUUGUAAUUAUGAUUGUAAUUAUAUUUCAGGUGUAUAUGUAGGUAUCUGAUGAUACUAAUACAAGCUUGCCAGCUUACAACAUUCAGAAACAUUUUGAAGAGUUUGAAUGCUUGCACCACAUUUUUAGAGUCUUUUUAAAAAUAAAAUUUCAUGAAUGCGGUGCAGCAGAGGUUUUGAAGAAUAUUUAAAGGUCUAAUUUUUUUAUGAUUAAUCUUGCGUUGUAAUUAGAGUUGCAUAUUACGUUGUACAUAAUCGAGUUAGGAGACUUGUUCACAUCUGUUGAUAUUGUUUUGUUGUACUCCAUUUCAGAACAUUUCAUAAAUAAGCGAGUAAAUGCCAUUGUGGCGUGAAACUAAAAAUAU